AACUUCAUCUCGUCUCUAUCUCUCUCUCUCUCUCUCUCUCUCUGUAAGUGAUAGAUAUCUGCAAGAUCCAUCGUCAAUGGUUAAGCGCCGGCGAGCAGAGAUCGCCAAGAUCGCCGGCUCCGCCGCGCCGCUGGUGAUGUGCUCGGAGAGGCGUGAGAGCCCCUUCAAGGAGGCCUCCGAGCUCUGCCGCCCCUGCGGCGCUCGCGCUCCCGCCGCCGCCGCCUUCUCGACCGCCGGCGAGCCCUGUUCUUUCGGUUACCCCUCUGCCGAAGCGAUAAUCUCGGAGCACAUUCGCGGGGACGGCGGCGUGGCGCCGCCGAUGGGCGUGCCCGAGUGGGUGGACUGGUCUGAGAGCAAGUGGGGUUCGAGCGCGACAGGGGAGGACGUGGGGUCCCUGAUAGCGAAGCACGACGCUGUUCGUGAUCGUGUGAGCAAGAAGUUGGAAGAUCUGGAGAAGGGUUCAUCUGUCCCGAUCGGUGCUGGCGAUUCUGAAGCUGGGUUCGGUUGUAAUUCUGAAAAUUUGAGCGUUUUCGAGAGUUUUGAAGCUCGUGUCCCAGCUCUCUUUGAGGAUUGCCUCUGCGACGGCGAUGGCAACGCUUUCUCGACUUCGCGGGAGAAUUCGGCCGCUGGCGGUGGAAGUUUGAGAGUGGACUCCACCCCCAUCUGCUCCCAUCUUGAGGGGUGUGGAUUUGAUCCGGACAACUUUCUUAGUGUGUCCGGGGACUGCGUCAGUGACGGUAACCCGGCCAUCGGCGGUGGAAACUCGGGAGAGGAGCCGAUGCUCUGCGACGAAUGCGGAUUUAAUCCUGACGAAUUUAUUAGUCUCCUGGAGGACUGCGCCGGUGACCGUGACCGGGACAGUUUCUUGACUUUGCCGGAGAACUCGGCCAUAGGCGGUGGUGGAAGUUCGGGAGAGGAGCCGAUGCUCUGCAACCUUGAGGAAUGUGGAUUUAAUCCUGAUGAAUUUCUUAGUCUCCUCGAGGACUGCGUCGAUGAUGGUGACCGUGACAGUUUCUUGACUUUGCCAGAGAACUCCGCCAUCGGCGGUGGAAGCUCGGGAGAGGGAGAGGAGACGAUGCUCUGCGAUCUUGAGGGCUAUGCCAACAACUUUCUUGCACUUGAAGAUUUGGAUGUUCCUCUGUGAUGUAAAUGUUGAACAUACGAUGGUUUUUCUUGUUAAACUGCAUUGUACAGGAUUUGAUUUCUCUAUUUACACAAUUUCCCUAUUUACAGUUCA